ACGAAGGAGGGGUACAGACUAGUGCUUUGGCGCGCCAGUGACGACCAACACGAAACUCGGGUUAUAUUUUCAACCGACAGAACAGUGCCGGCGUUCGUGCGACGCGGGUCUACGGCGUUAACACGGACGAAAAUAACAACACGAGAUACGUAUGAAACGGACGGCCAUACAAAAUAAUUGUAAACAAAAUAAUCGUAAAAAUAAUUGUGAAGAUAUUCAAAGUGAAAGCAAGUGAUUUUUGUAAAUGGACAUAAACAAAAUUUUGUGAUUAUUAGUUUUAAACAAUUGUUUACGUGAAAUUAUCGAGCAUUAAUGUUGGUGGCGAUAAAUCGAGAGUGAUUAUAUUAAUGGAACUGUGACUAUUCCAAUGAUACACGAUGGGCUCUGUAACAGUGAUGAGUAAUGGAGAGUUGUGAUGUUGAUCAAUUGUCAUCACAUACGUGAAUAACAAGAGAGAGAGUUGAUGAGACACUGGGGGCUGGCACAAAGGGGAAGUUGAAACCCCCCGUUUUCGAUAGUAAAUUAACAUUCGCAUAUCGUUGCGUGACUCUAACACAAGAAAGUCGAGGUCGUAUACUAACAUGUAAUCCAUCAAGGUUGUCGCCACUCCUUUUGUUUUAGUUUCACCGUUACUAUAUUUUUUUUCUAACAUCAUUCACGCUCAAGUCAAUCGAUAAAAUCGUUUGCCAUUCCAACGAAAUAUUUUCCCCACUGCCCGGUGUAAUUUUGUAUUUGAUUAGCAUAAUUUAAUGGUCGAUCUGGGGAGAAACAAAUUCAAGUAGUUGAAGGAGGGCCAAGAGAAUGACGCCGUUGGGCCAGACUGUAAUCACCAUCCCUUCGACAGUGGCCCUGUUUUACUGGACUUUCACUGGGACGAUUUGUGCGAUCAUAUGAUAAAUGUAGAACGCAACGUAUUUUAUUUUUUAGUUUAUUUACAUUUAUUUUUACAUUUUAAAACAUUGAAAAAACGUGAAAAGUUUAAAUAAUUCAGUGAAUAAUACAUGUGCUUGAAGAGAAAUCGUUGAUAAUUCGGAGUUUGUUCUUCGCGAAGGAGCGCCCCUCGGCGCUCCCCCCCUCACACCCCCCCAGUAAAACUGUUGACUCCUCUCCUGUCCCCUCACGUGUGCGACAGUAAGUGCGGAGUAAUUUGUGUAAUUGAUUAAAGACAAUAUGAGUGAGAUGAUGAGUGUUGAGCAGCACAGUCAGCAGCAGCAAUACGUAGGCGGUAGCUCAAAUUCCGAGCUUCACUGUAAGGACUGUGGACUCAACUUCGACAGUGACAAAAGCCUGGGUGUUCACAUACGCUAUCACCAGGAGAAUCUCAUGCACCAGUGGGCCAAUCAAGGCCAACAGGAAGAGAGUAACAACAAUAACAGUAAAGCUGGUAAUCACAAUAGUCACGUGAAACGUGAGAGUGUAACAGCGCCAGCGGACUCAAGUGAGUCGUCAUCGCGGCCCUCAUCGGCUGGUGGAUCGGCCCCUUCGCAGCAGCAGCAGCAGCAGCAGCAGCAGCAACAGCAGCCACCCCAGGGACAGCAAAAUCCCUCAGCAUUGUCGCAAAGUGGACAGCAGCCUGGCUUGGUGGGCUACAGUCACUUUCCAGCCCCAAUGUUCAGUGAAACAUCGUACUUCAUGCAGAACGAUCAAGCCUACCUGCUGCAGCAUCAGCAUCACUACUCCCCCCCGAACGAUGAUUCUCAGACUGCGAGUAAUUACCCACCCAGAUAUCAUCCGUACCAGCAUCCCCAGCACUACCAGCCCGAGAGAACGAACUCCGUGAGCUCAUCGAGCCCGCGAAGUCCACCGCAGUGUGACAAGUGUGGUAAUGUCUUUGAGGAUGCCAAUCAGCUAGCUGAGCACGUGAGAUCGAAUCACCCAACAUCACCAAGUGCAUAUCCGGGCCAGCCGCAGUACCAGCAGUUGGGCUCGAGCCCCCAGCAGUCUCAACCGCAGCAGCAGCCGCCCGCACCUCAAAUACACUCGUCGCCACCGCAAAACAGCCAACCACCUCCUCAACCACCAAAUUACGAUUACAAUGCGGGAGGUGGGGUGAAGAACGAGUCCAAGGAGCAGGAGGAGGCCGAGAUCCUCGACCUUGAUUCCCACAAAGUGCAAACGCACAGGUACGAGGAGGAAAUGAUGAGGAUUCAUCAGCAGGAGAUGCAAAUGCAGAUUCACCAUCAGCAGCAGCAGGCGCUUGUGCAGCAGCGAGGAGCACCUCAUUCGGUGAGUUCCAUGCUAGGCUGGCCACCGGCCCAACCCCACGAUUACCAUCCCGGCAUAUCGCCGAUGGUUCCCAUAGACAGUGGCUCACCGUUACCAGAUCAACGGCAAUUUAUGCCGGGUCAGCAUUUGCCAGUCGAGCCCCCACGACACGCUGGCUCGCCGAUAAUAACGAGUACCCAGCCAAUGCCUGGACAUCACAUGCCGGGUACGCUGUUGCAACAGCCCCCAAAAUCAACGUCUGGAAAUCAAUCGUGGAAGAGUAACGAGGCGCGAAGACCAAAGACAUACAACUGCACAGCGUGCAACAAGUGGUUCACAAGUUCCGGCCACUUGAAGAGGCAUUACAACACGACGUUACAUAAAAACGCUGUUAAACAGAGCAAUCAACCUGACCCAGCUAACAUGCCAAUAUCAGCGCACCAUCAUCCAGGGAGGGAUAGUGCACCUGGUGGAAGAGGUGGGCCAUCUCGUUCACCGGAAUUAACAACCUCAGGGAGUCCCCCAAACUUGAUGGCAGGUCCCUCGGUAGAGGCGGCGAGGGGCCUGCUCAACACGCCAACCAAUCAUCCAUACAUCAGCAAUUCCAGCAACGGCAGCUCCAACAGCAACGACUCUACGACAUCGCUGGGCCACCAGCACCAGUCUCUACCGCAGCAUCAGGUACAAUCACCCCAGCAGGGACAAUCUACAGCGUUGCAACACAUGGCCUCGUCAAUGGUGCCCCUCAAUUCACCAGUACAAUCGCCAAUGGGGCUCCAUCACCAUCAGCAAAUGGGUUCACCAUCGCCCCAAUUACCUCAACACCAUCUGCCAAUAGGUUCGCCAUCCCAAAUGCAACAUCAUCCCAUGAAUUCCCCAAUAUCUCCCAUGCAUCCACCCCCACCGCCCCAACACCUCAAUUCCCCUUCGCCAAUGGCAUCCCACCAUCACAUGAAUUCACCAUCGCCAAUGGUUUCACCACCGAUGGGGGGUACUACGAUGCCUCAUCAACCGUACCCAAACGCCUUGCCCCCCCACGUUACAACCACUACCAGUAUCCCGGGCCUACUGGAGUCUAUCACCAGCCAGCUAAUUACUACUGGUGAAAUGCCAACAGCCAUACAUUUCCAGACCCAGGAUACAUUACCCGGUUUUGGCACCUUCAGCAAUCAUCAGAGGGCCUUACCAAGCUUCAACCAGUUUGGUAUAACCGGAUUUCUAGUUGGCCACAAUCAACCACAGGCCAUUAACGUGGGGGGGCUAAGCCCUGAGGAUGGUAUUCCUCAAGAAAAGUCAUUUGAAUCAUCGGGUUCUAAUUACGAAACAUACAACAAUUCACCACCGAGGUACGAGUCGUUGACCAACAUGAGUGCAACGGGUGUUCACACUGCAGACGGAAUGAUGAUGAAGCAGUACGAGGCACUUCAGCAUCAGGGACAGCAGCAGAUGCGUGAUUAUCGACACAUGGAGGCUAACAACAAUCUGCCUCUCAGGUUGGGAAAGGAGGAGGUCAAUCCCAAUAUUGUCAAGGCAGAGAUGGAGGAGACCAAAUUGACUAGCACCAAGGAGCAUCAAGUCACCAGCACAAACACUGGCUCUCAUUAUAUAUCGCAGGACGGCUUUCACAAGUGCAUUGAGUGCGACAAGGUGUUCAAUAAGGCUUGCUACUUGACACAACAUAACAAGAGCUUUCACUCAGGUGACAAGCCGUUCAAAUGCAAUCAGUGUGGCAAACGUUUUCCACAUGAAUCACUGCAUGCUGAACACCUGCAGAAGCAUGCCGGUGAAAAGCCGUACAAGUGUGAAAUAUGCCCGAAGCAGUUUAACCACAAGACGGACCUCAGACGGCACAUGUGCCUACAUACUGGCGAAAAGCCGUACGCCUGUGAUACAUGCGGCAAGGGAUUCAUCAGGAAGGAUCACAUGAUGAAACACCUAGAUACGCACAAGAAAAAAACAAACAGUCACAAUAUACAUUUGAGGGCUUGAACCAACGUCAGACCUGUCCUCUAGGUUUUUCAGUGAACGAAAAUUUGUUCAUGAAGAAGAAUAUUUACUAAAUUCAUUCACUCCUUUAGAAUCCCUAUUUCCUUCUCAUUGUCAAAUCAUUUUCAAUGGAAUUUUGUUGGGAAAUAUUUUUUGGGUCACAUCGGAGGGAAUUUUAUUGCUCAAAGAUAUUUAUUUCAUUACAAUUGAGUGAACUUUUUUCAGGGAAAAUCAUUUUUUUGGUUAAUAUUGUUUUGAUAUUCUGAAGCUCGGGGAGGAAUUUUUCUUUUACAUCUGAAAGAUGAAAAUCUAAUGGUUUUUCUUUUUACUUGUAAUUGCAGUGGGUGGGGUUGAGUUUUCGUAUUGACUCUGUCAACUGCAAUGUCUCGCGUACAUUGCUGUCUGAUUGUACUCAAUUUAGGAUCAUGAUGGGAAAAAAUGUGAAAGAGCUCCGACAAAUUGUAAAUCUCAAUCUAAUAUUAACGAGUAUUGAUUAAUUGAUAUUGAAGCGAACCUUUGAAGCUUAUCGACUGUACAAAAUACGUUAAAUGUAUAGGCAUAUUAUUAUUAUAUUAUUGUAAUUAUUGAUUCAAUGUGAUCAAAUAGAUUGCGAAAAAAAAUCCUACAUCAUAAUACUCGUAAUUUUAUAGUAUCUAUCAUAGUUAUAUGGAGGAUUUAGAAAAACAAUGAGACGUAGAGUUUGAGAUGAAAGAGAAAACGAUGACAAAAAAGAAUGGAAUGAGAAUAAAUGAUUAUUGUAAAUGAACCAAUGUGAAAACGAAUGCUCGAGGCGAUAAAAUCAAUUUUUCAUUUUAUUCUUUGCCAAUUGAAAUAUUGAAGCAUUAUAAAUAAAAUAAUCAACGUCGUCCUGAGAUUGAAAUUGUAUAAUAGUUAAUGGACAAAAAAUUUAUUUAAAAAUUGUUUAUUCGAAUAAAUUGAGAUUUUUUUUCACACAAAUAUGAGACGUGACAAUCCUUUGACUUUUUCUCCCAAUUCAUUCCUGACAUACAUUCCAUCGAGGACACUUGUACCUUAAAAUAAAAUAUGAAACAUUCCAAUUGGAAAGAGGAGGAGGUGAGGAUCGAUCCAGCACGUUUUCACAGUGGCCCUCUUUUUUUAAUAAACCUAAGAUAGCCUAAGUGUACGAUAUGUAAACCUAUCGAAGAAAAAAAUGAAAUAAGAGGAGAAUGAACAAAAAAUUGUACAACACUUCACGUUAGAGUCUCAACAACAACCGAGCGAGUGAAUUUUCUUCGAGAGUUUGCACGAGAUAAAAGAGUAAAUAACAGAUGAAAAAAUUUAAACAGAUAAAACGUUGACCUCACCAUAACGAAAUAACAUGGGAUUGUUUCUGUUGAUAGUUGAAUAUUAUUUUUCACAUUGAUUGUUUAAUGAAAAUUUUUGAUAAAAGUUGGGUUUAUUAAACCAUCGUCUCGUUUGUUGUUCAAAAGUCGAUCUAGAGUUUCCAUUGUUCCAUCAGUAUAUCAUAACUCUAUUUUUAUUUUCAAACUCUCAAUUAACUCUGACAUUUUUGCUCAUUCAGUUCUACGAUAUCAGAGAAACAAUAAACGUAAAUAAUUCUGAUGAAAACAAAAAAAUAAUAGAUAUAUAUUUCUUUCGGGACGAGGUCUGACAAUUGUAAAUAAAUCUUAAGUUUAUUAUCAAUUAUGAAGAAAACGAUAACGAAUUAUAAUCUCUUGCCAUUUUACUACGUAAAAAAGAAAAGAAAAAUAAAAAAAAAUCCCAGAACAGACUACCUCAGAGUUCAGGAAUUAUCGAUGAAAGAAAGGAAGGAGAAAAGAAAUGAUGAAAAGCCAAUGCAAUAAGUAAUAAUAAUAUUAUAAAGAGAUGACAAAAUGUGAAAUGAGAUAUCGUGCGGGCGUUUUCAGAACAAUUUCAACUACUUUUAUUUUUGCUCUCUGAAACUUUUUCUCGUAACUAUUUAUUGUUACACAUUUAUUUUUUAUUUUCAAGAGAAUACACACACACAUGUACUGAAAAGCAUAAACAUUCAUUUUUUCCUUCUCUCCUUCACGGCAUUGAGUUCCUCCAUCGCCCGCCGGUUAACGUUUUUAAUGAGCAGUAUGAAAAAGUAAAUGAAUUAAAUAAUAUAAAUAGAUCGACGUACAUUAGAGACAUAUCAAACAGUAUUACUGUAUACUCAGUUUAUUAUAGAUAAGAAGUUGAAUUAAGAGGAAAAUAAAUGAAAAAUGGAUCGAUACAUAUUUUUACUUCAUAUCAUUAUUAAGGCGUUUUUAUUGAAUAUUAUUAAUGGAGGAAAUAAUACCGGGCAUUCUAUUGUGCGAAGCAAUCUUAAUUAGGUAAUGAAAAAUUAUGAAUAAUCCUCGGGAUUCACGACAUGGGCAUUUGACAUUAGAAUUUUCAUUUUUUUUAUUCAAUUGUAUGAAUGAUAGAAAAAAUAUCGCCUCUUACACAGUACCAAAUUACCGUUGGUUGUGCCAAACUCUAAUGUUCGUUUUUUAUUUAUCACUUUUUGUACUAUUUUGUUCCCCAUUUUUUCUACUAUUAAUUCUUAUCAUUUGGAUCAUAAUUGUAAUUUUAUUUUUCGUGGGCAUUCCUUUUUUCAUUGAGAGAAUGAGAAAAUAAAACAGAAAUAAUAAAAAUAAAAUGGAGAAUUGAAUACUUCAAAUCCGUCUUGGGAAUUGUAAAAAAAGAAAUGGAUAAAAUACUUGAUCAAUUGUGAGCAUUUUUUAGAUGGAUUUCUGGAGUAAUAACUGUAUGAUGCAAAUAAUGAAAUAGAUUUUUUUUUAAUUCACUUGUGCCAUAAAUAUACGUGAAAGUUAUUAAAGUAAAAGAGUAAAAUGAUGAAUGAAGGGAUAAAUCCACUGCACGUGGUAAUGAAAAAAAAAGUUGAAAUACACCCUCUCUCAAAUGAUAAUGAUAUUUAAUGAUACAACGUGGUUUCUGUUCCUGUAUACGGCCGUUAUUACGUCGAUGAGAAAGAAAUAAUUAUGAGAAUGUGUUUUUUUUGUAUAAUUUUGUGAAACUGUAUUAUUUUAUAUGCGUUUAAUUCUGUUUUUCUAAAUAUAUUUUAUUUCACGAA